AUGGAGGUCGUCCGGCCCACCAGAUCCAGCCUCCUGGGGAUUCUGCUGCUGCUGGUGAAGCUGUCGGUGCUGCUGGUCCAGAACCGGGUUCACCUGUACAAUCUCCUGCUUCUCAAGAUUGUCUUCUUCAACCACUGGCUGUCGGGGCUGGCCCGGGAGGCUUGGGGGUCCUGCGGCCGCCAGGCCUCUCCAGCCCCUGGGCUCGACGCCAGCCCCCUGUGCCUGGCGCUGCAGGCGGGGCUGGGACUGCUGGGGGUCCCCCUGUGGCUGGGGCUGCGGGCACCGCGGCUGGCCUGGGCGGGCAUACGGCGCUGUGCCCGGGCCUUGGGCCUGGCGCCGAAGCGGCUGGGUCUGUCUGCGGCCACCUGCGCGGACCUGCUUCUGUCCUGCCUGCACGGUCUGAUGCUGGCGGGCUUGCUGCUGUCGCUGCUGACCUGGAGGCUGUGCCGGAGGGCCCGUCGCUGCAGCCUGCGCGGGCUGCUCAGCAAGGCGCUGCUGGACAACUGCGUGGUGCCGGAGCUCCGGGUGCUGCUGAAACGUCUGUACUGGUGGGUGGAGACCACAACAGCCCUCGCCUGGCAUCUGGCCUAUCUCCUCACCUGGACCACCUGCCUUGCUUCCCACCUGCUGCAAGCCGCCUUCGAGCACACCGCCCGGCUGGCCCAGGCCCAGGAGGCUGAGCCGCCGCAGGGCUCAGGACCCUCCUCCUCGUCCCCGCUCCCCGAGCCUCUGGGCCCCAAGGCUGGGCCAGCCCUGCCAGAGCAUGGGACUCCUACAGAAUAA